AGUGUACUAAAUUGAAGUGAAUUAUGCAAUAAUUUAAAGAAAACCAUCAUUUUGUUUUUAAAUAAUCAACACUAUCUUAUCAAACAACAAAAAGUUGUCAUCCUAGUCAACUUAUGACAAAACAAAUCAACUAUCAGAUAAAACGUCCAGACAACAUUAGAAGAAAACAAGAACAAGUUCAAAAUGCUACAAUUUAUAUCAUAAAACAAUAUGGACCAACAUUUUAUUUAUUACAGGAUGAUACAGAAGAAAAGUAUAAAGUACACUUGGGUGAUGUACAUACAUGCUCUUGUAAUGAUUUUAUGAAAUCAAAUGAAUUAUGCAUUCAUUUAUGCUGGUUGUUGAUGAAACGAUUCAAGGUAGAUCCAAAUAAUCCAGUAUCAUGGCAAACAGGUUUAGUUGAACGUGAAAUAUCAGCUCUACUCGAUGGUCAGUAUUCAGUCAAUAAGACUCCAUCGAAAUCAUUGGCUAAAUGUUCAAAUGAUAGUGAAAAUAAAGAUGAAGAGUUUAAAGGAAAUAAUCAACGUAGAAUUGAAGCUGAUGAUAUUUGUCCAAUUUGUCAAGAUAAUCUUCUUUGUCAAAAACGUUAUCCAGUAACAUUUUGUCGUAGAAGUUGUGGAAAUAGUGUGCAUAUAAAAUGUAUGAAGGUGUGGACAGAUCAUCAAAGAAAACAAAAUUCUUUAGGGAUAAUGGAUAGUGUAACAUGUCCUAUGUGUCGGGAAGAAUUUGCACCGCUUAGCAUUCUUAUACGUGAAUUCACGGAGAAUUUACGCACUGACAAUAAAAGCAGUAGUAAACUGCCACAUACUACUAAUACUAGUAAUAUGUGUACUAUGAUAGUCAAAAGUCAAUCAACAGAAAAACAGAAUACAGUAAAUGUUGACAAAAUCCCUGUGAAACAUUCGAAUACACGAUGUUUAGCUUGUCUACGUUCACCAAUAUUAGGCAAUCUAUAUCGAUGUGAAGUAUGCUAUGAGUUAUCAGAAGGCGGAAGUUUAAAUCCAUUUUUAUGUGCAGCCUGUUUUCGUUCUGAUAAACACAAUGAACAUAAUCGGUAUGUAUAUAAAGAGAUACCGAAUAGUAAAUGGCUUGAGGUACCAAGUAAUCGAGGGGCAAUUGAAAAUCUCAAUGUACGCUUGACUAAUAAAACGGAAGAAAAUUGUGACAAUUUCAGCCAAUAUUCUCAUGAUCAAAGGGAACUUUCCAAUCAAUCCUUAUUCCAAGAAGGUAUUGAACCUUUACAGUUAGCUGAACUGGCACAAAUCCAUCAGUGGACUAUUCGAAUUCCUAGAGAUCGAGGCGAUAUAAAAAUAAGAAAAAAGUCUGAAGGAGAAAUUGAAACAGAAGGCGAAAAUAAAGUUAAAAGUCCAAGAAGAAAGUCAUCAAUCUAUUCUGAAUUACUUAUUGGAAGAUCAGGAAACAAAUAUUCUACAGGAUUAUUAUCACCAGGACGUCAAUGCUUGAUUUGUUUAAUGGCAUUUCAAGUGAAUGAUCGAGUCAGACGACUUCCAGCCUGUCAGCAUAUUUUUCAUUCAGCGUGUAUAGAUCCAUGGUUACUACAUAAAUCAUCUAUCUGUCCAAUUGAUCGGGUACUUGUUCAGCCAAGAAGAAGAAAAGUAAACGAGAAAUCAAUAAAUUGUCAUGAAUCAAAGUUAUCCAUACUGAAUAACAACUUGAAUGAAUUAAAAAUCUGUGCUAAACAAAUCGAAAGUAGACCUGAUGUUAAAACAAAGUUGGUAGAUAAAAAAGGCGUAAAUAUGAAAGCUUUUUCUGCAAGAGAGACAACACUUUCAAAUAGAGUUAAUCCAUCCGUGAUGCUCAAUAUAGUUGGACAACAUAUGUUUACAGAAUAUUCAAGAAAGUUGUGACUCAAAAGUUCUUGUAAAUCAGUAACCAUACCAAUGAAAUAAAAAUUACAGAAAAAUAUCACUUCAUGAACUCAUAACCCGAG